AUCUGUACGGCUCCCUGCGUAGCGGCGCGCGUUCGGAAAGCGCGGAGGUGUGUGGACGUUCAAUCUCCGACCUCCUUUUGGCUGGUUGCGAAAAACAUUGGCGCUUGACCAACAAAAGCCUCGUUGAACCACUUCUUUCUUGUACUGUCGUGGUGCUCGUGUCUUCUUCACACACUUCCUCGUCCUUCCUUUGGCUCUACUCGCUGCCUUCUUCAACACGCGCCUGCUUGUUUACAAGAGCAGCCCUCAGCGUAUCACUCCGCAUACACAGCGCGGAGCACAUAGACCUCGUUCACCGGCAUCGAUUCCAGCACACGACCCACAAUGGGUGUCGACUGGCUUGAGGUUGGCGUUCCUACGCUGGACCGCCCCUUCGGUGUCAAGCUCUGGCCUAUCUUCGAGAAGGCUUUUGAGCCCAUUGCUGGCUACAAGCCGCAGGACUUCCGCUUCGUCCAGGGCGAAACCCCGCUCUCGACAUUCAAGACCUGCGCGACUUUCCUUGUCACAUACUACAUUGUCAUCUUCGGCGGUCGUGAGCUGAUGCGCGGACGCGAGCCGUUCAAGCUCAACUUCCUGUUCAAGGUCCACAACUUCUACCUCACCGCCAUCAGCGGCAUACUCCUGGCGCUCUUCGCUGAGCAGCUGAUCCCCACGGUCGCCCGUCACGGUCUCUUCUUCGCUAUCUGCGAUCACAAAGGUGGCUGGACCGACAAGCUGGUCAUUUUGUACUACUUGAACUACCUCACCAAGUUCGUUGAGCUGAUCGACACUUGCUUCCUGUUCCUCAAGAAGAAGCCCCUGACCUUCCUCCACACUUACCACCAUGGCGCGACCGCUAUGCUCUGCUACACCCAGCUCAUUGGCCACACCCCCGUUUCCUGGCCUGUCAUCACCCUGAACUUGGCUGUUCACGUUGUCAUGUACUGGUACUACUUCCAGAGCGCGCGUGGCAUCCGCAUUUGGUGGAAGAAGUACAUCACAGUUGGCCAGAUCACCCAGUUCGUUCUCGAUCUCGGCUUCAUCUACUUCGCAUCGUGGACCUACUUCACCAGCACCUAUGCACCCGAGCUGCCCAACAUGGGCAAGUGCGCCGGCGAGGAGUUCGCUGCCAUCUCCGGAAUGAUCAUCAUCACCUCGUACCUCUUCCUCUUCAUCGGUUUCUACCUCGCUACAUACAAGAAGCCGGCGCCUAAGGGCCGCCGCAGGGCCACCAGCGCGUUGAUCGAGAUGAAGGAUGAGAAGGUACCAACCGUUGGUGAAGCCCGCAGGCGCCUCUCAACCUCUCGCCCCGUCUUCUCGUCUAACGGUGUUGCUACAGGUGCUUCGCCCAGCGGAACACCCAACGGCCGCACUACCAGGAGCCGCAAGGCCUAAGCGAGUCGGUCUCUUUAGCCCAUACAGCAGAAUAACAAGCCGAAAUGAGCGGUCUUAGACAACCCAAGACAGCCGGCAGCUGCAGAUGUGUUCGAGCGCCUCCACGGUCUCAGCAUAUCGCGGCCGCAUGCAUGCGAUGGCGGCACUGCACGUUGCACAAGCCGCGCUUCUUUUUUCAUUCAUUGGCACGAUGCAGUCUGGACGGCUGCCGUUUCGUAUCUCAUUGUAAUUGUUACGGUGUGGGGUUGCUCCUUCGUCGGCACCCACUGUUACGAAAAGUCGCAACUUCAGUUGCAUGCCUGUACGACUACAGCUGUUGGCGUCACGACGGUCAUACUGGGCGGUGUUGAUAUGGGUUUGCUGUACGGACCUUGGUCUGUGUGUUAUGUACAGUAGAGUGAUGAGGUAUAAUGCAUAAUUAGCCACAUAUUCUCAAACUGUUCUUG